CAGAGGAGUGAUGGCCUCUAUAAAAACAAUGUUUUUGGUCCACAAUUAUUAAUUUGAUUGCUACAAAACUACUGACUGAAUAUUUCCUGCUACCUUUUCUACUGGACUCUGCAAUAAAAAUGUUGGCAGGAUUAGCAAGAAAGAUUGGAGUGGUUCUGGCCGGAGUCACUGCUCUCCCAUGGCUGCUCUUCGUGAUUGGAUUUGGAUUGGCCGCCCUGAAUUUCUCAGGUAUACCUGCUGCACAAGGCUCUGUGUUCUUCCCCCAUUUUAUCAUCUCCCUGCUGGGCAUUCCAACCAUUGUGCUGGGAGUGGUUCAUGCUCUUGGUGUAUCAGGAUCUGUGGCUAAGAUUAUCGGGACCAUUACAACAUUUUUCAGUAUUCUGUUUCUUCUCUGUCUGGGAAUGAUCUUAUACUUCAAUGGAAUUGCAUUAAUUUCCAGUUCUGUUUCAGUUUCCAUCAGAUCUAGUUCUGUGUUCCAUGCUCUGAACCUCCAGUUUGCUGGUGCGCUACUAGCCACACUGUCAUGGACUAGUCAGAUGAUGGUAUGGACGUUCUAUGAAGUUCCUGAAGCCGGCAGCAGCAGCAGCAGCGAUAAACCAGUAUAAAAAAACAAAGUCAGAAAAGUGACUUGUGAGUGUACCUGUUUAUUUUUUUUUGUUUAUUGACUUUUAUAGUUAGUGAACUAUAAUAAUAGAAUACAAUGUGUCAUAUAAUGUUUACUGACAUGCAAUGAACCUUAUUCAAAACUCAA